AUGGUCUCCAACGGCCAGAUAAUGGAUAACCAGAGACAACAACAAUAUAUUCCUGGGCCUCCCCCUCCCCCGGGACAAGGCACUCUAGGCCAUCUUCCACCGCCUCCUCCGCGACCGUAUCUUCAAUCAAAUCUUCCUCCCCCUCCACCGGGACCACAUCCCUCCGCCCUACCCCUUGGGACAGUUUUCGGGCUGCCAGGCGCAGGAUGGCAGCAGCCAUGGGGAAGAUCAGGCUUGGGCCAGAAUAUACCACCUCCUCCGCCAACAAAUCAUACCCAGGGACAGGGACAACACCUAUCCUACGGUAUGCGACAGCUGAAUAUUCCGCCGCCGCCUCCGCAGAAUGACAAGCCCAUCCUGUCCGCCACAUUUAUUCCCACUGGGGAUUCGUUUGGGCCCGGCGUCGGCAUUCCACCCCUCGACGAUUACUCCUCAUACUCGCGAUACGAUGCCCAAUUCACUUCCGAGCCUUCAUUGUCUCACUCAGAUCAGAAAUAUUCUGACACUUCCACUAAUUCACAUAGCUACUCAUAUCCCAAUCCGAUACAUCCGAAUCCGGAUAUUGCCAAUAGAGAAAAUCGGGCAGCCUCCGCUUCUUCAAAUAGGGCCGCCUUCACUUUACCCCUUCGCGAGAUCAACGAACCCAUCUCUCCAGGACCCCCAACCGCAACCUUGGUCAAUCAGCAAUCAAGCACUGACCAGGGUCGACAGCGAGCGCACAGUGCUGCCGUCACGGGAAGCAACUCGGCCGAGUUGUCUUCGCAGUGGCCCUUGGAUCGCGUCCUUGCUUGGCUGGCUGCGAAUGGAUUCUCAAACGAUUGGCAGGAGACCUUUAGGUUGUUGAAGUUGCAAGGCUCCGACUUUCUCGACCUUGGCCGGGGACCGAAUGGCCGUGGGAACUUGGGCAUGAUGCAUCAGACCAUUUACCCACAGCUCGCAAAGGUCUGUUCGAGCGGCAAUACUGGUUGGGACCAGGCUCGCGAGCGGGAAGAGGGCAAGAGAUUACGGAAGCUAAUCUCUCGCCUCGUCGAACAGGGAGGUGAGGGUCCAGCCAGCGCAGGCACGGGUCAUCGGAGGCGAGAGUCUGGUAUGAUUCCGAGUGCGUCAACGGAGGGAAAUCUGGAAACUUCGCCUAAUCUUCCCCGAUCUGAAUUUGGUAGCGCGCCUGGAACGGCUGGUCCAGAAGGAAGCCCUGGCAAGCAGAUGCCUCCGCAAUUCCCGACAGGAUUAGGGCCUCGAAAUUCACAGGGUCGAAGUAGUACCAUGCCUGUUCUCAGCAAAUAUAGUAGCGCUUCCUCCACCCCAAGCGACCCACGGCCAGCAGACAAUUUUCCAGGCGCAGGGCGCACAGAUUACACAAGGGGCGUUCUGACCAGCAUGAACAAUCGAGGACGACAUAGCCCCAAUCUUUCGGGCGAUACUUCCACGGGUCUGUUGCCCAAGACGUUUGAUGCCUCUCCCAGUGCCAGCCCGGGUCUUGGAAGUGCAAUCCCUGUUUCGGCUACAAGUACCUCUUCCCAGACACAGCGACCAGAUCAUAGCAAGAGCAACAGCACCGAUUCUAUGCUCAAAGCGUCAAGCCACUCUCGCUCGAAUGUCAACAUGCAAGGUCCCUAUGAGAGGAGCAACACGUCGUCUGGAGGCUCAGAACGCUUUUAUGCAGAUAGGCGUGACGCACAAGAGAUGACCAGACCUUCGCCCCUAGAAUCUCACAGGACUUGGAGCAAUGACUAUGCCCCGGGUCCGGGAGGCAAAGAUCACAGCAAAGGCUUUCUCAGUAAGUUUAUGAGGAAGAGGCAUGAGCACAAUCAGCCCCAGUCAGAUGAACAUCCUUUGGAGUCACCGACAAGCCCUGGUCCAUUGAAGCUAUUUGCAAGACCAAGCGCGAAUGGUAGCGACUCGGCACUAUUCCAACGCCCCGCUUCUGUCACGAGUGAAGAUGAGAAGGCACUGAUAGCCGGUCGUCGAGGACCCAAUGUAUCAAGAAGAUACAUUUUUGUGACGCCAGACGGUUGGAACUACCGGCUUGUGGACGUUACGGAAGUGGAGACGGCCAUCGCCCUUCGCAGUCUCAUCUGUAUCGAGCUUGGGAUACCAGACGCCGAAUAUGCACAGAUUUUUAUCACCGAGCCCGGUCAAACAGAGCACGAAACGGCACUCUCGGACGGUAUGCUUGUCGCCAUACGGAACCGGACAGAUAACCUAGGCAGCUUCAAGCUGUACGUCCAGAGUCCUACACUUUCCGCAGUUCCUGGCUCGGCGACUCAGUCAGCUGGUCUCGGGGUUUCUUUUGGCCAAAAGGGCCAGGUCGAAAGAGCUCCACCCAUGGUCAAAUCAAACUCGUCUGGUGGCAUCAGUCGCAAUGGGUAUACAUCUCCAGUAGCCGAAUCGCUGGUCACUGAUCCUGCUCUCAUGCAAAAGCAGGCUGAAGAAUAUCGACGACAGACGGAGGCUAAACAAAGGGCUUACCUGGAAUCUCGUCGAGCUCAAAAGGAGUCGACUUCCACAUACAGUGGUGGCGGAAUUCGAGGAAGCACGGUCAUAGACUUUGACAGUCCCCGCCUCUCACCGUUCGAAGAGAAGAAGGUCGAAAAUCUUGUGCCAGUCCGACGGCCACCCACAGCACCUGCGGAAUCCACCACGCUGACCAAGGUCAAUUCUCUUCGGGCCAAAGGAUCUGGCAAUCGAUCGUCCCUCGAUGCCUUGAAGCGAAUCUCUGAUCCCAUUGCUGAAGAAGACGCAGAGCGUGCAAAGAAGAAAGCCGCUUUCGCGGCCCUUCCUUCUGGUGGCAUUGGUGCCGCGUUGGCCAAUGUUGGCAAGAUGGCUGGCGCUCCAGCCACUUUGGGCAGCCAAGGGCCGCCACAGGAUAGAAGGGGUGUUGAAUUCAGUCGCAGUAAUUCAGGUGGGUCCUUUCGUCCCGACUUUACACGGGGCAAAGGUGAUAUGCUGUUCAAAGUUCCUAACUAUGAAGAAGGUUUCGCCGAUACCAACCAAGAGAGCCGGGCACGGAAUGCUGCUUUGGAGAGUGCUCGGCGCUUUGGUCCUUCACCGGCGGUCAGUCCCUCAACUGAGGCGGCACCACGGCCGUUCCUGCAAACCCGAAAGUCGUACGGACCCGAUCUUGAAUUCAAGGAGACCAACGUUUCCUUUGCUCCUUCGCCCCAUCCGCUCAAGGAUGAUUCGGACGAUGACUCGGAUGAUGGACUGUUCGCAAUCCCCUUGACGAAUAAGUCCUUGUCUAAGGACGAUAUGCCGUUGCGCAGUAAAGAUCAGAGACCUACAUUGACGGUGGAUACGGACCAAAAUAUCAGCAAGAACGUACGGUUCAAGUCGCCAAGCUCAUCCAGUGGCAUGCAAAACACUGGCGACGAUAGCGCCACGGCCAGUGGUGAGGGCUACGACCGCAGUCUCUCCGACGGCAGUUUCAGCGGAUCUGCCCAGUCACCAGAUGACCGAAUGAAUAGGAGAGAUUCCUUCAUCAGUGACAUCUGGGCGAAUCGACCGGCGGUGGAAAAUGUCGUUCAUCAUCUCGACGAAUUCUUCCCAGGCGUCGAUCUCGAUAAGCCGUACCUAGAAGAGAAAGGCGACAACAACUCACCCAUGAGGACGACGGAUCAGGAUCCUCUUGACGCCCUCCAGGGACCUUCCACCAGUGUGACCUUUGGCACCGCUGGACUGGAUCUUGAGUUCAGCCGUAAGAGCGAAUCGGAUACUCUGGGGUCUGACGAGUCCACUCUCAAGGCAAAGGAUCGUGAUAGGGUGGCGAGUGUUGCACAGAGGCAAGUUGGCAAAGCGACAGGAGGCAUUUCUAGGAUGAAGUCUAUUCGUGAGGUUGCUCAGAAGCGCAACGACAUCAAGCGAGGCCCUUCGGUUGCCGCUCGCGUGGAACAGAAUAAUGCAAGCAGCAUUGUUCGUCGGAAGUCUACGAAGAUGUUUGGUGCGCAUAUCGUGCAGAUCAGACCAAAACCAGGCAGUCGAUUGUCCACGCUUGAUCCUAUUCCCCAAGAAGAAGUUCCCACGGACGAGACGCCCAAGCGGCAGGCAACCUUCAAAAUCAUUCGCGGUCAACUUAUCGGCAAGGGCACCUAUGGACGUGUGUACCUCGGCAUGAAUGCGACAACCGGUGAGUUCCUGGCCGUCAAACAGGUCGAGGUCAAUCAGAAAGCUGCGGGUCAAGACAAAGAUCGCAUCAAAGAAAUGGUUGCCGCUCUGGACCAAGAGAUCGACACUAUGCAGCAUCUUGAGCAUCCUAACAUUGUGCAAUACCUUGCUUGCGAACGGAGUCAGUUCUCUAUCAGUAUCUAUCUCGAGUACAUCCCUGGUGGCUCCAUCGGCAGCUGUCUGCGCAAGCAUGGAAAGUUUGAGGAGUCUGUGGUGCGAUCACUUACGCGACAAACCCUGGAAGGACUGGCAUACCUCCACCAAGAAGGCAUUCUGCACCGUGAUUUGAAAGCUGACAACAUCCUCCUCGACCUUGAUGGCACAUGCAAGAUCUCGGAUUUUGGCAUCUCUAAAAAGUCAGACAACAUCUACGGCAACGACGUUACCAACAGUAUGCAAGGCUCGGUGUUCUGGAUGGCCCCUGAAGUGAUCCGAUCCCACGGUCAGGGUUAUAGUGCCAAAGUCGAUAUCUGGUCGCUUGGUUGUGUGGUUUUGGAAAUGUUUGCAGGAAAGCGACCAUGGAGCCGAGAAGAAGCCAUCGGCGCCAUCUUCAAGCUGGGAAGUCUCAGCCAAGCACCGCCUAUUCCUGAAGACGUACAGUCGACAGCUUCGGUUGACGGGCUGAACUUCAUGUAUGACUGCUUCCAAGUCAACCCGACCGAUCGACCGACAGCCGACACCCUGCUUCGACAUUCUACCUUUUGUAUCCCCGACCCAUACUACAACUUCUACGACACCACAUUGGCUGCGAAGCUGAGAAACGUUGACGGUGCUGGGCUAGGCGGUUGA